AUUUUAAGUUUGUCGCUGGCCGCGUUCGGUUGUCCGGCUAGCUAGAUAGCCGCCACAGAAAAAUACGAUAACAAACGACCGAUAUCCCCUCUCGCACCACACGCAGCGGAAGAUCGCGGAAAAUCAGAAAACUCCGAAAAACAUCGGAUAAGCGUUUUUAUUUUGUUUACCCUUUCGGUUCGUUCUUAUUAUUUUGUUAGUUCUGGUAAUUUUCUUUACGUUACGUGUGCUAACACAAGAAAGAACAAAACAAGACGGCAAAUGCAGGCGUCAAAGAUAGCGCCAAAAAUAAAAAAAAACAAACUGACAAAAAAAGCAAAAAUCAUUGUUAUUGCAUGGAAAAUUACUACAGAAAUUUCUUGCAAAAGCAACUGCCAAUAAAGCAAAAUAAAAAAAAAGCAACUCAAUCCGAAAAAACAAACUAAAAAAUCAAAACCAAAACUGAAACUGAAACAACAACAAGGCAAGAGCAUAAAUUAGAUUGGCCUCAUAGACGAAUAACAACGAACUCGAGCCGCGUAAACAAAUUAAACGAUGCUGGCCAUUGUUGUUGCUGCUGCCGCGGUUCAAAUUUAAAUAUAAACUAUUAUUGUUAUCUGUGUUUGCCGUUGUCUAUGCUUUCGCGCCAAAUGCAAUCGUUUUGGGGGAAAUUUCGUUUGACUUACAUAAUUAAUGAGUGGGCAAGAGCAUAAAUCAAAAAAUCGGCCAAGAAUUAUUUAUGAAUUCGAGCGAAAUCCCAUGUCGCUUCACACCCGCACAACUAUUUCUUUCGCUAGCUUUUCAUUUCAAAAUUGCUUUUUUGAUCAAAACAAUAUUUCAUCCACAGUUGUUCGUGUUUUAUGUUUGGACCCCAACCUCUUCGUCGAUUCCCAAGGGAAAACAGACUACAAUUAGUUAAUAAAUGUUAUGUGUUAUCAGAAAACAAGGGAGAGAAAGAACUCACUCUAAAGCGGUUUAAAAGACAAACAGAAAAAGAAAAAUAACGGUGAGCGCACUUCCUCCCAGUCUCUUAAUCAAAUGAACCGAAAUUUAAAGAGAUUACAAUUAUCGCGUUUAAGUCUAUGAAGAGAGUUUUAAUACGGAGAACAAACGGUUAACAAAAGUAAAACCAUCGAAAUCAACUGAGAUUCCGGCGGGAAAAUUGCCAAGUGCAAAGUGGAAAGGUCAUCGUGCCCAAAUCGACAAAUGAAAACCAAAAACAAGAUCAGCAUCAACAGCACCAACUGCCAAUGCUUUUGUCACUCGAGUCAAGGAACCGCAGUUAUUGAUGAGAAGAACGUACUGAGGAUACACAGCCAUACGUACAAGUGCUUGAAUCACAAUCCGCGACCUCGGAUACUUGGCUAGUAUU